AUGGUCGAAAAAUACAUCACGACUGUCUGGGAUGCCUAUGGAAUGCGGGAUACCUCUUUUGAAGCACGAGCGCAAUUACGAUAUAUGGUUUUGGAGAGCACCGCUCUCAGCAACAAGACUUUGUCUUUCUCUCCCGAUGAGAUACCGACGCAAGGGAAGGAUUUGUUCUGCAUCCUUCUGAAUCGCCAUGUCAACCGCAAAAGCGAUGUUGACCACGAAACAGUUGCUUUUAACGAGCCUCUUUUAAAUUUCAAUGUCGAAGACCAUGGUAUUGUUUGCGAAUCAGUUGACCAAUCCAUCAGGCGUUUUCGCAGGGUUGGGUUUUUCAAGGAAUACAUGUCUGUGGACAAUCGUUUCCUAAGAGCACUUUCCGGCGAGUAUGAGGGGAAGGUGCCAAUGUUCGAUAAAUCUCGGGCUGAUGGCCGCAUGUACUUCAAGUCGGAUAUUUUGAAUCACCUGGGAUUCCAUCGCCACGGAGAUGAGGCUCCGGUCAGCUCCUUAUCUACAGUUGAUGCAGAAACCGGAGUUCGUAUGCUCGGUUUCAAAUUGAGCGACUUUGGUGAUCGAGAGCGCAGUUUAGAGAAGAUUGUACCACAGGAUCUAGUGAAGGUGGACGGGAAACUUUCCUUAUUCAGGGAUGGAUAUGAAGAAGUCGAGAUGGAGAUCAUGUAG